CGCGGGUAGGGCACGGGUGUCGCGGUAUAAAAAAAUACUAACAAAAAAAACUGAAUUGGUGUGAUUUUUUUUAUAUUUUUUGAUAUUUGUUGAAUAUCAAGUGACUGAAAUUAAUCAAAAUGAGUGAAGGCCAAACCAACCUGGCUUUCGAGGAAUCGCCUGAAAAAGAUCUGAACAAAACAGAGGCACCUGAAGUGGUAAAGAGCACCCCUGGCAUUGGCUUUGUUCUUGAAAAAGGCGACAAUAACAAUGCAGCGAGAGAAGAAGAAGAAGAGGAGCCCGAGCGAGCCAUGUGGGGCAACCAGAUCGAGUUCCUCAUGUCGUGCAUCGCGACCUCCGUGGGGCUCGGCAACGUGUGGCGCUUCCCCUUCGUGGCCUACCAGAACGGGGGCGGCGCCUUCCUCAUCCCAUACGUCAUUGUGCUGUUCCUCAUCGGCAAGCCCAUGUACUACCUGGAGUGCGCCAUCGGACAGUUCAGCUCGAGGAAUUCUGUGAAGGUCUGGUCGCUGUCUCCGGCUAUGAAAGGCACGGGCUACGCGCAAGCGCUCGGCUGCGGCUACAUCCUGUCCUACUACGUUGCGAUCAUCGCGCUCUGCCUGUUCUACCUGGUGAAGAGCUUCAGCGCGGAGCUGCCGUGGGCCGUGUGCGACCCGGCGUGGGGCGCCACCUGCGUGCCCUCGGGCGCCGGCGGGGGCGCCCCCGUCGCGGGGGGCGUCAGCAGUGCUGAGCUGUACUUCACGAAAACCGUGCUGCAACAAAGUGACGGCAUUGAAGGAGGUCUCGGAGCCCCGAUCUGGUACCUGACGCUGUGUCUGUUCGCGUCGUGGCUGAUCAUCUUCGUCAUCGUGGCUCGCGGCGUGAAGAGCUCCGGGAAAGCCUCCUACUUCCUGGCCCUGUUCCCCUACGUGGUCAUGCUGAUCUUGCUCAUCAGAUCAGCUACGCUCACAGGCGCCGGCGACGGUAUCCUCUUCUUCCUGACUCCGCAAUGGGACAAACUUAUCCAACUUGAUGUGUGGUACGCGGCGGUGACGCAGGUGUUCUUUUCUCUCUCCGUGGGCACGGGAGCCAUCAUCAUGUUCUCCUCCUACAACGGCUUCCGACAGAACAUCUACAGAGACGCCAUGAUCGUGACAACCCUGGACACAUUCACCAGCCUCAUGUCUGGUAUCACGAUCUUCGGUAUCCUGGGCAACCUGGCCUACGAGCUCGGGUAUGAUGACGUGAACAGCGUCAUCGGCUCCGGAGGCACCGGGCUCGCCUUCAUCUCCUACCCUGAUGCUAUCGCCAAGUCACCGUUUGUGCCACAGCUGUUCGCGGUCCUCUUCUUCCUCAUGAUGUCGGUGCUGGGCGUGGGCUCGGCCGUGGCGCUGCUGUCGACCAUCAACACGGUGAUGAUGGACUCGUUCCGGCGCGUGCCCACCGUUGCCAUGUCCGCCAUCUGCUGCAGCGCCGGCUUCCUCAUCGGGCUCGUCUAUGUCACUCCGGGCGGGCAGUACAUCCUGGAGCUGGUGGACUACUACGGGGGCACGUUCCUGGUGCUGUUCGGAGCCAUCGCCGAGAUCGUCGGCGUCUUCUGGAUCUAUGGUCUUCAAAACAUCUGCCUGGACAUCGAGUUCAUGCUGGGCAUCAAGACGUCGGUCUACUGGCGGUUCUGCUGGGGCAUUAUCACGCCGCUCAUGAUGAUCGCUGUCUUCAUCUACGCACUCAUCUCCUUUGAGGCCCUGGUCUUUGGAGAGGACUAUGUUUAUCCUACUGCUGGCUAUGUGGCUGGCUACAUGAUCCUGCUGGUGGGCGUGGCGCUGGUGCCGCUCUUCAUCAUCAUCACCGUCACCAAGUACCGCACCGGGGACUUCCCUGAGACCCUGAAGAAAGCCUUCAGCCCGAAGGCUUCAUGGGGCCCGAGCAGACGCAGCGACAAGCGCGAGUGGCAGGCUUUCAAGGAACAGGCCAAGGCGGAACAAGACAAAGCCUACACCACCAAGCUGAACCAUCUGUGGACCAGUCUCAUUGGAGGGUAUAAGAGGCCUUUCUGAUGAUGGAUUAUGAAUAGUAGAAAUAAUUUUAAAUAGGUAUACACUCACAAGCAAUGAAAAAGUUUCAGUAACAUAUGGAACGUCAAUGGCAGGUGGAACUUUUUCAUUGCUCGUUUAUGUAUUUGUAUGUAGUUAGUGUAAAUAAUUUGUAAUUAGUGGUCACAGUACUUAGAUGUUGUGACAUAGAAAUAUUAUUUAUGGUGAUAAUUGAACGUAUUGUAACUGUAACUAUGGUGCUUAGUCAUAAUUUUAAGUUAGAAUUGUAUUUUGAUUAAAAUGCGGCUGUGACUGUUUAUAUGUAACUACCUAAUUAAUUAUAGAGGAAUUAAGUUUAAAUAACCUGAUUUCUAUCGUAUUUAAUUCAUACCUAGAAUAGCAAUACAACAAACAGCGAAACCAACAACCGAUAGAUUUGUUGGUCUUUAGGACAAUGAAUAGUUUCUAUAAUUUAUAGUAAUUUUAAGUAGGUACUUAGGUAGAUUUUUAUAAAUUUUAUAUACUUAAUACUUAUUUCGUAUUUAUUUAACAGGCAGGUUCAUGUGAUACAUACAAACUAAUUACAUAGGUAGUUACAGAAAUGUAGGUGUUUAAAAUAUUAAAUUAUGAAAUUGCUUUUUCAGAUUACAUUAUACUUAGUAUGGAUUAUUUUAUAUAAAUUUAAAUAGGUAUAGGUAUACUUAAUUAUUACUUAUUAUUACUUACUUAUACAGUCAAAUUUGAAAUGAAGAUAACCGAUGAUUUACUGGAACAAAUGAUACAUAUUUAAUUCUCAAUUGAUUUGAAUAAAAAUAUUUUCAGAGAGCAA